AUGACGGCAGCCCUCGGCCAAUCCCCCGAAACAAGGCAGCCAAGGCCCCUCCUCCCCCCGUCCCGCCGACUGCCGGACCCCGCCGACCCGCCGCCGGCGCGCGCCGACCCGCUGGUGCUGGUGCUGGUGGAGUCCCAGUACUCCCAGCUGGGCCUGGACCUGGUGGCGCUGCUGGAGGCGGCCCACUUCCCGUUCCGCGUGGAGAUCUCGUCGGGCCGCGGCGAGCUGCCGGCGCUGACGGCCGGCGGGCGCGGCCGCUUCUCGCUGGUCAUCUACGAGAACCUGCUGAAGUACGGCGCCGCCGCCACCCGCAGCCGGCAGCUGCUGCACCGGUACUGCGCCGCCUUCCGGGUCGGCAUCAUCGGGUUCUACCGCUCCACCGAGAACUCGCCCCGCCUCCUGAAGCUGCGGGGCCUCCCCCUGGUGCUGAGGACCAAUCAGGCGCUGCGGGACUGCCGCGUGGCGCCCGGCUCGCCGCUGCUGCACCUCACCAAGCCCGGCACCGACCCGGGGCCGCUGCCCGGGGACGACUGGACCUCCUUCUCCUCCGACCACGCCUCCUACCGGGCCGUGCUGCACGCCAAGGAGGGGGGCGGGGGGGGGGGCCUCCGGGCCACCGUGCUCCAGGACCUGGGGCUCUACGACGGGGUCCGCAGGGUUCUGUUCGGGCACGGCCUGGGCUACUGGCUGCACCGCCUCAUCCUGCUGGACGCCAUCUCCUUCCUCACCAGCAGGAGGCUCGCUCUGGGCCUGCAGCGCCACCUGCUGGUGGACAUCGACGACAUCUUCGUGGGCAAGGAGGGGACGCGCAUGAAGGCCGAGGACGUGAAGGCGCUCCUGGACACUCAGACACAGUUACGCUCUCACAUCUCAAACUUCACCUUCAACCUGGGCUUCUCCGGGAAGUUCUACCACACAGGCACCGUGGAGGAGGACGAGGGGGAUGACCUGCUCCUGCAGUCCGUCUCUGAGUUCUGGUGGUUUCCUCACAUGUGGAGCCACAUGCAGCCUCACCUGUUCCACAACCAGUCGUCACUGUUGGAGCAGAUGGUCCUCAACAAGGAGUUCGCUCUGGCGCACGGCGUCCCGGUGGACAUGGGCUACGCCGUGGCGCCGCACCACUCCGGCGUGUACCCGGUGCACCUGCAGCUGUACGAGGCGUGGCGCCGCGUGUGGAGCAUCCAGGUGACGAGCACCGAGGAGUACCCUCACCUGAAGCCGGCGCGCUACAGGAAGGGCUUCAGCCACAACGGCAUCAUGAUGCUGUGUCAGAUGGCAGUGAUGAAGGACCAGGAGCAGGCCGGCAGAUACUGUGGGCUCCUGGGCCAGGCAGAGGAGCAGACUCGGGCCCUGGAACUGCUCGCCGCCCAGGCAUGGCCUACACUAUCCUUCCCCUGGGCGGGUGGAGCUGAAGAAAAUGGCGGCAGUCAUUUUGGAGGCGUUCGAGGCGGUGGCGGAGACAUGCGGCUGGCCAGCGGGGAGUGGGCGGUGCGCCUCCUGCCCCUGCUCACGAGGCGCAGACUGCGGCCUGGGCCUUCCCAGCUUCACGCCACAGUUACGGACGUGCGGGCGGUGAUUGAUCGGCUGGGCUGA